GUCCUACAAAGCUACUAUAAAUUCCCGGAUAUCAUAUUUCUUAUACUCACACUAAACCAUAAUAACCCACAAAAGAAGCUAAGCUAUCAACAAUCAUGGCCGGGCAAAAGGCAGUGAUUAAACUUGAGGUGAAUGGGAAGAGGCCAGCUUCAAUGGCAAAGAAGAUGGGAGUGGGUAUGUUGAAGGCGAUUCUGCCAUUCGAAUCCGUAUCAGAAUGCUUUAACCACACUGCUCCCCAGAAUAAAAGCAAAGCCAUGCAGAUCGCAGUGGGAUUCCAUGGGGUGAACUCGGCCGGGCUGGAAGGGGAAGGAAAGGAUGAGCUAGUUGUGAAGGGAGUAUUCGAUGCGGUGGAGCUGGUGAAGUUGCUGAGGGAAAAGGUGGGCGGAGCCACCAUUAAGAGCGUCGGUCCGGAAGAGGAGAAGAAGAAAGAAGAACCCAAAAAGGAAGAACCCAAGAAAGGAGAUGAUAAGAAGCCGCCGGAAAAUGCCGCCGUCGUGCAUCCUUGGCCUUCUCAACCAUUAGUAUUAUACGAGAUUCCUGAAUAUACCCCCAGAUGCUUCCCUUUCUGAUUAUUUAUAUAUAUAUAUAUAUAU